AAUUGAAGCAAAAUCAAAAGCAAAUAUUGCCAUGUAUAGGUCAGAUUUUACUGAUGACGAUGAAGUAAUCAAUCAGAAUAAACUAUACUCAUCCACAAAAUUAAAUGCAUCAAUGCCUCUGUUUUCUGAUUCAAACAAUGACGAAUCUAUGAUGACAGUUUCUAAAAAACCAUUUAUGUCUUUGAAAUGCGAAUCUGCAGGUUCAAACCAGACAAGAAAACUAAAACAUGGUUGGUCCCCAUCUCCAAACAAAUUAAAAUCAUUAAAAACUCGUGUUGAGUCACAAGAAGUUGCUAUUUCUCCAUCAAGUACCUCAAAAUUUCAUCCUGAAAAAAGUUCUACAGCUAGAAAACUUUCUUUUUUACACGUAUCUGAAAUUUUUGAUUCCAAAAAAAUUAAAAAUCUACCUAUUCAGUCUAAUAUUGAAAGAAUAAUUUCUAAUGACAUUCAAGAACAAGAUCCUGUUUCUUUAAAUAAUAAUAAGUCCAACAUCUUAAUUGAUGAUAUUUCUAAUGGUGAAGUAACUGCAGGUAAAUUUGAUCAAAGUUUGGGAACAAAAGAUACAGUAUCAAGUGUUACUUCUAAAAAUUCUAUUGCUUUGCCCGAUGGUGGUUUUCAAAAUAAUAUCAUGCGUAAUAUGGCAUUUUUAAAAAUGGAAUUACGACAAAUUCAAAAUAACCAAACGGUUAUGUUUGAACACUUCGAAUCAAUAAUAACCCACUUACAAGGCAAUAAUGCUUAUACUAAUAAUAAAAAUAGUUUGACUCAAUAUGAUUAUCAUGAUUGCCCAUUACCAUUAGAUAAUAUUAUUGAUUUAAACACUGUAGAAGAUAAAAUUGCUGGCGAUCAUCAAUUUAAAUCACUUUUGGUUAACGAGCUUUCAUAUAUUGGUGGAAAACAUGUAAAAGCUAUGGUUAAAAGACUUAUGUCAAAAUUGUUUACUGACAAUCUUUUAUCUGAUUAUUCUUAUACUGGUAAAAAGGGUAAAAAACCAUUCUCAACACUUUUCAUUUGUUCAGUUAUAUUUGAUGCUAUUAAAAAACAAGUUAAAUUCUCAAAUAUUCCUAAAAAUGAAAUUGAAGAAACAAUCAAACGUGUAUUAGCUCAAGCUCCGUUUAACAUCAAAAGACAACAGGACAAAACAACCAUUGUACGAUCAGUUUGAAUAGCUUGAUCAUAUUAUUUAAACACAUUUUUUUUUAAAUUAAUUUUUUGAAAUCUUUGAUAAUAUUUAA